ACACCAAUAUUUCAUCAAACUCUUAAUUGUUUGUAACUUUGAAGCUUAUAUUUUCAAAAACAUGAAAGUAGCAGUGGUUGGAGCAGGGAUAAGUGGACUAGUUGCUGCAUAUGAAUUGGCAAAAUCUGGUGUCAAAGUUGUGGUUUAUGAGAAGGAACAUUAUCUAGGCGGCCAUGCUAAGACCGUUACUAUCAAUGACAUUGAUCUUGACCUUGGCUUUAUGGUCUUCAAUGGUGAAACUUAUUCAAACCUGAUAGAAAUUUUUGAGUUGCUCAGAGUUGAUGUGGAGGUGUCUGAUAUGUCAUUCUCAGUGAGCUUAGACCAAGGCCGUGGUUGUGAAUGGGGUACCCGAAAUGGAUUCUCUAGUUUGUUUGCACAGAAGAAGAAUGUACUGAAUCCAUAUUUUUGGCAAAUGAUUAGAGAAAUUAUCAGAUUCAAACAGGAUGUCAUAAGUCACCUCGAAGAAUUGGACAACAAUCCUGACAUUGAUCGCAAUGAAACAUUAGGACAAUUUAUUAAGUCACAUGGCUAUUCGGAGCUAUUUCAGAAGGCUUAUCUGGCUCCAAUAUGUGCUUCAGUAUGGUCCUGCUCCUUGGAACGAGUAAUGGGCUUUUCUGCUUAUUACAUUCUUUCAUUCUUCCACGACCAACAUCUUCUGCAGCUCUUUGGUCUCCCUCAAUUGCUCACUGUAAGAUGGCAAUCACAUAUAGACAAGGUUAAGGAGGAGCUGGAAAAGAGAGGCUGCCAAAUAAGAACUAAUUGUGAAGUAAAUUCUGUAACAACAAAUGAAGAAGGUUGUACCAUAGAUUGCAUUGAUGGUGCCACAGAUGUAUAUGACGGAUGCAUAAUCGCUGUACGUGCUCCAGAUUCUCUGAGAAUGUUAGGCAAAGAGGUAACAUUUGAUGAAACAAGAAUACUGGGUGCUUUCCAGUAUGUCUAUAGUGACGUUUUCCUUCAUCAUGACAAAACAUUCCUGCCUCGCAACCCAACAACAUGGUGUGCUUGUAACUUUCUUGGAACCACGAAUAGUAGAGGAUGUGCGACAUAUUGGCUCAAUAUAAUCCAGAAUCUUGGUGAUUCAAAGCUGCCUUAUCUCGUAACCCUUGAUCCUCCUCACACACCAGAGCAUACGUUGCUUAAGUGGACCACCAGUCAUCCAGUACCCUCAGUUGCUGGAUCAAAAGCUUCAUGUGAGCUAUAUCAAAUCCAAGGAAAGAGAGGAAUAUGGUUUUGUGGAGCAUAUCAAGGCUAUGGCUUCCAUGAGGAUGGACUUAAGGCUGGUGUGGCUGCUGCAGAUGGCAUGCUUAGAAGGAAUUGUUGUAUUCUAGACAACCCCAAGCAUAUGGUACCAACCUGGCCUGAAACUGGAGCACGCCUCCUCGUUACUAGAUUUCUCAAAAGUUUCAUUCAAACAGGAUGCAUAAUCUUGUUGGAGGAAGGAGGCAAAAUUUUCACCUUCCAAGGAACAGAGAAGAAAUGCUCUCUCAAAGUUUCUCUUAGAGUUCAUAAUACACAGUUCUACUGGAAGGUUGCAACUCGAGCUGACCUAGGGAUUGCUGAUGCUUUUAUUCAUGGGGAUAUCUCCUUUGUUAAUAAGAAUGAAGGUCUUCUUAAUCUUUUCAUGAUAUAUGUUGCCAACAGAGAUUUGAAUGCAUCUGUUAAAAGAGGCUGGUGGACACCACUACUAGAUCUGUCAUCUGCAAAAUAUUUCAUUGGACAUGUUUCAAAUCGAAACACCCUGACUCAGGCUCGUCGGAAUAUCUCUCGUCAUUAUGACCUGAGUAAUGAACUCUUUUCACUCAUUCUGGAUGAGACAAUGACAUACUCAUGCGCAAUUUUCAAGAGUGAGGACGAAGACCUGAAAGAUGCACAGCUGAGAAAGAUUUCUGUUCUAAUUAAAAAGGCAAAAAUUAGCAAAGAACAUCACAUUUUAGAGAUUGGAUUUGGAUGGGGAAGUUUUGCCGUGGAAGUUGUCAAGCAAACAGGAUGUAAAUAUACUGGUAUAACACUCUCCGAGCAGCAACUGGAGUAUGCACAGUUGAGAGUUGAGCAAGCAGGUCUUCAGGAUCAAAUUACACUUGUCCUAUGUGACUAUUGCCAAAUGCCAAAUCAGGACAAAUAUGACAGGAUUAUAGUAUGUGAGGUGUUAGAACAUGUUGGUCAUGAGUUCAUAGGGGAAUUCUUUAGUUGCUGUGAGUCAGCAUUGACAGAAGAUGGGCUUCUAGUUCUGCAGUUCAUUUCAAUGCCAGACCCGAUGUAUGACGAAUACAGGCACAGCGCAGGCUUCAUAAACGAGUAUAUAUUCCCAGGUGGAUGCUUGCCUGCAUUAAGUCGAGUAACAUCAGCCAUGGCUUCUGCAUCCAGACUAUGUGUAAUGCACCUGGAAGAUAUAGGAGUUCAUUACUAUCAAACACUGAGAUGUUGGCGAAAAAACUUCCUGAAAAACAAAAGCCAAAUCCAUGCUUUGGGAUUUGAUGACAAGUUCAUCAGGACAUGGGAGUACUACUUUGAUUACUGUGCUGCUGGAUUCAAAACGCACAUGCUAGGAGAUUAUCAGAUUGUAUUUUCAAGGCCAGGCAAUGUUGCAGCUUUUGGUGAUCCUUACAAUGGUGUGCCUUCAGCUUAUUAGAGUCCCUUUGUUUGGAAUAUUUUAUUUGAACUGUCAUCAGUUCCUCAAAACAGCAUGAAAGAC